AAAGGCCCCUACACCUCGCCAACAGCCCCGUGACCUUGCUCAGUUAGGACCCAUUUCUAGGUAAACUAAAUUCGAGCCUUCGCGUCCUCCCCCGGCGCAGUGAAGGAACACGCUGGGAGUGCAGAGGACGAAUUUCCAGACACCUCAAACCCCUAGCCCCAGACGCCACAGGACCGUGGUCCAAAGGAUUUUAGAAAUGGCUACUCCCCAGUCAGUUUUCAUCUUUGCGAUCUGCAUUUUAAUGAUAACGGAAUUAAUUUUGGCGUCAAAAAGUUACUAUGAUAUCUUAGGUGUGCCAAAAUCAGCAUCAGAGCGCCAAAUCAAGAAAGCUUUUCACAAGUUGGCCAUGAAGUACCAUCCCGACAAAAAUAAGAGCCCUGAUGCUGAAGCAAAAUUCAGAGAGAUUGCAGAAGCAUAUGAAACACUCUCAGAUGCUAAUAGGCGAAAAGAGUAUGAUACACUUGGACACAAUGCUUUUACUAAUGGUAAAGGACAAAGAGGUAACGGAAGUCCUUUUGAGCAAUCAUUUAACUUCAAUUUUGAUGACUUAUUUAAAGACUUUGGGUUUUUUGGUCAAAACCAAAACACUGGGUCCAAGAAGCAUUUUGAGAAUCACUUCCAGACACGCCAGGAUGGUUCCAGUAGACAAAGACAUCAUUUCCAGGAGUUUUCUUUUGGAGGUGGACUGUUUGAUGACAUGUUUGAAGAUAUGGAGAAAAUGUUUUCUUUUAGUGGUUUUGACACCACCAAUCGGCAUACAGUACAGACUGAAAAUAGAUUCCACGGAUCUAGCAAGCACUGCAGGACUGUCACUCAACGAAGAGGAAAUAUGGUUACUACAUACACUGACUGUUCAGGACAGUAGUUCACUAUUUUCUGUUCUCACUAAAGCCAACUAGUUGACUUUUCUUCAAUACCCUUUGAUGCAAAACAAUUUUCUGUGAACUAUUUUGACAAGUGCAUGAUUUCACUUAACUUGAUAUAGAUAUUAAAUGUAUUUAAAUGUUUUUGACAAAUUCAGCAACACUCAGUAGAAAAUAGCUAAUUAUUAAUUUCCCUGAUAGGAAAGAUUCUUUAAAAAAGAUACUAUAAUUCUGCCUGGUCUUUUUUCUCUACUUGCCCUUGGGCUUACUUGCGUGGCCAGUUUUAUUACCAAGAAAAGAUUGAGUUUGCCUGAUAUAUAUGUAAAGGUUAAACUUUGAAACUUAUUGUAGAUUUAAAUUGUGUGAACUUAAAUGGUUUUUGCAGUGAAACCUUUGCUAAUUUAAAAUUGCAUGCUCUGCGGCAUCGCUGAUUUGGGUUGCUAAAUGUACACGAAACUGUAAUUGAGUCAUUCAGCAAAGGAUAGCAGUAAAUUUCCACUGAAAACUUUAGAAAGGCAUGAUUUAAUAUUUACCACAGAACCAUACCUUUCUGCAGUAAAAUUGGAGUAAGUGAAAUGAUCGGAUUGCUCAUAGCCAUUUGGCUGAAAGAAAGUUGAAAACUUUUGAAAUAUUACCAAGAGAUUGUUACAUGCUUGGUCCCUGGCUAAUGAUUUUGUAGUGUUGAAAUCAUAGCUAAUUUAUAUAUCAUUUCACAUUUCUUUCUUUGUUGUUGGCGCUCUAAGUCUUAUAUGGAUUUAUGUAUUUUUUAUGUGUGUGUGGUUCCUCUUCUUUGCACUCAUCUUUAUCUAGAGAUUGACUAAUACCUCAUUCUGUUUGUAAAAACAGCCAGUAAUUUCUGUGCAACCUUAUUAUGUGCAAUAUUUUUAAAUCCUAAGAAAUGUGUGCUUUUGUUUUCAUAUAGACUUAUUUCUUUAGUUCAGCACUUUUUGCAUUAUACUCCAUAUGAGUAUUAAUCCUAUGGAUACAUAUUAAAACUAGUAAAUGUCUCAUACAACAUUGUGUGUGAGUGAGAGAAAUAUAAUAUUUACAAUAUGAUGUUCUUGGUUUUCAUUUUAUUGUUAAAGGUUUAUUCUGUAAUUCUAGAGCUAUGGAGGGUAUAUAAACAAUGGGGCUGCUUAUGCUGACCAUAGACCAUAUUCCAGAAGUUACUUUUGACUAACCUGAAAACCCUGAUAUAGCCUUGUUUGUUUGACAUUUGGUAAUUUCUCUUACUUUCUUAUCAUCCUCCUUCCCUCACAAAUUUUGGUAGCUCAAAGAUUUUGUUAAUUAUAAUUUUGUUGUAUUUGCUUGCUAGGAGCAAGUUUCUUUCCUCUUUUAGGCCUCAUUGGGGAAAAGAUGAGACAUUGCAUAAAGUUAUAUUUGUUGAUUAUAAUCUUUAAUUUGAAAACUCUGAAGAAGAUGAAAUUAUUCUAUUAAAUCUAUGUAUCUAAAUUAUUUUCUGGAAGGUAUACUUACUGCUUUUGUUUGAUAAUCAGAAAAUAGCCAUACCUUGAAUUUUGGACUAAAGAUCAUCUGUAUCCUAUCAAUAGAACAAACGAGGCAAGAAAAAAUAUUUUUCAAGUCAGGAUUAACUUUAUAUUAUUAGCAUCUGUCCCCUUUUUCUUUAGGGCCUGAUUAUUCCUUGUUUUUCCCAUUCUGAACAUGUAUUUGAACCCCCUCUUUCUCUUCCUCUUUCUUUCUCUUUCUUUUUCUCUUUCUCUCUCUU